AUGGAAACGAUAAACGUUUAUUGCCACAUCUUUCAGGUACAAGAAAUUACAAUGAAAUCAAAAGAGCCACAGCAGCAACCGCAGACCACACCGACGCUGACCAGUUUUGAAUGUGACCAGAGCCAGAAUACCCUUUCCGGUGGCAAUCCGUCCGCUGAGCUUCAGCAAGAGGCAGAAAGGUUUUCAGCUUCUGGAGCAGAGAAUAUUCUCGAGAACGUCAACACGGAUGUCCUUUUGAUGCCAUCUACGCAUUGUGCGAGUGUGCCUUCCUUUGGGCAGUUAUUGGAAGACUCAGAGAAAAACUUUGUGAAUGCAUUGUUUGAGGGGACCUGGCGUUCGGUAAACCCAAUUGGGUCAGACGACCUAGAGAGGAAAGUGUCUUCCGCAGAAAGUAUUGACUCCGAGAUCUCAUCCACUUGCCUGGAUGCUGUAACAAGCCUUGAGGAUGUGUUUGAUGAUCUCGUUGAAAGUGUCCUUGAUGAAAUGGGUGAUUUUGGCCCUGUCAUUGAAGGAAUCACAUCGUCAUCAGCCACCACUAGCUCGCCAUUCAGUGCUCGCCCUGGAAUACCAGUGCCAAUAAGUGGGUCUUUUAAUGCCCAAACUAUCACCUCGGUGGACAAAAACCCUCUAUACAGAAACGACAACUGGUAUCAGCUUCCCAAGCCUUCGUGCCAUUCAGUCGGCAAUUCAUUUGAGGGUUUUAACUUUGGACUAGUUGCAGGUUUACAGAAUCCCUCAAGGGGGUUGAUCACAGUAAUGAGAAAGCUUUGCGAUUUGCUAGCAAAACCGAGAUCAGACCACUUGGAUUCUGUCUUUGUACGUCUUCUAAACAACACCGUAAAAGAAAUGGAAGAUGCCUCUAAACCUCAACCCAAACGAUCAAGAAAGAAAGUCACUGAGAGACAAUGUGUUUUCAAAAGACAAAAGAAGAAUCCCAGAGUUUAUCCAAUUGAUAACCAAUCCCGUUUAGAGCCAUCUCAUAUUGUUCCAAGAAAUUCUUAUUUUCUUCCUUUGAGGUGCCACUCUUAUUUGCCUGCCGUUUCCAAUGCUCAGGGUAAUCCCAUAGAGACUGUGGACUUGACGAGUGAAGAAGACAAUGCCAAGGGAAAUUGCCGACCAUCACAAGAUGGGCCUUUAAUUGCUCUAGAGGACACUGUGUCUGAUUUCAUGGGUGGUUUUUUUCAUUAG